GCGACAAAAAACUAGAUAUAUGAAUACAUCUGAUCAGAGUGGAUAUAUGAAUGGAUCUAUUGUUCGUCUACGUCUAGAGAAUUUUGUAACAUAUGAUUUAAUUGAGUUUUUUCCGGGACCCAAUCUUAAUAUGAUUAUUGGGCCUAAUGGGAGUGGUAAAAGCACAUUUGUUUGUGCUAUUUGUAUAGGACUUGGAUGGAAUACGAGUUUUCUUGGGCGUGCAAAAGAUGUUAAUGAAUAUAUUAAAUUUGGAUCAGAAAAGGCACAUAUUGAGAUUGAAUUAAAAGGAUUAGAUAAUGAGCCAAACAUCAUUGUUUCUAGGGUAAUUCAUAUUGAUAAUACUAGUUCUUGGGAAUUGAAUGGUGUACCAUCAAGUCUUAAAUAUGUUAGGGAGAAAAUGGAUGAUCUUAAUAUACAGAUUGAUAAUUUAUGUCAUUUUCUUCCACAAGAUAAAGUUUGUGAAUUUGCGCAAUUAACACCAGAAAAGUUGCUAAAAGAAACAGAAAGGGCAGUUGGUGAUGUGGAGAUGUUACUUCAACAUGAAAAAUUAAUUGAAUUAAGGGCUUCACAAAAAAAUGAUUUAAGCGCAAAAACUAUGGAUCAAGCUCAAUUAGAGAACUUGAAUGAAAGACAGGCUAUUACUCGUCGUGAUGUAGAGCGUUUUCAUGAAAGAGAAGCUAUAUUGAAGACAAUUGAAAUUUUGAAUUUUAAAAUUCCUUUUGUACAAUAUUCUGAGGCUAGAAAAGCAUUUUAUGAUUCUAAGAAUUUAAGGAAUGAAAAAAAGGCUGAAUUGGAUAAAAUUCUUAAGGAAUAUGAUCCUUUUUUUCGAAAAAAAACGCAAAUGGAGGCUACCUUGAAUCAAUAUGUAGCAGAAAAUAAUGAAAUAAAGAAUUCUUUAAAUUGUCAAAAAAGUGCAUUAGAUUCUUUGAUUUUAUCUUUUGAUGAAUAUGAUAACUCUAUUAAAGAUAUUUCUGGUGAAAUUAGAGCUGAAAAAAGAAGAGAAAAAGAGCGAGAUCAAAAAAUUAAAGAGCUUAAGGAAACAAUUGCUUUCAUAGAGUCUCGUAUUAGUGAUAAACCUUCGGAAAAUUAUAUGAAUGAUAUUUUAGAUAAAUUAAAUGAAGUCAAUGGUCAUCUAAAAAUUAUUAGAAAAGAGUUGCAGGAUUUGAAUACAGUUAUUGGUGAACAUAUUAAUCGGAUUAAUGAAUCUAAAGUUGCUUUGAAACAAAUUCAAAAUAAGUUAGAUGAUCUUGAUAAUGUUAGAGAACAAAGACUUCAAUGGUUAAAACAAAAUGAUCGUGAUGUUUUUGAUGCUGUAAUUUGGCUAUCUAAUAAUAGAAAUAAGUUUAAGGAUCAUGUUUACGAACCUGUCUAUUUAGAAAUUAGUGUUAGAGAUCUUAAGUAUGCUGAUUUUUUAGAAGCUUGUUUUCAAAAAAAUACUUAUAUGGCAUUUACUUUUUUAAACAGAGAUGAUUAUAUAUUAUUUAAUCGUAUAUUAGUUGAUUCAAAAGAAGGAUGUGGUCGUGAGUUAAGAUUGCAUACUACAGAAUUUUCUAAUACCAGCUCACCAAGUCUGGAUAUGCAAAAACAACCAUGUGUUUCUAGUGAACUCAAACAAAAUUUUGGUAUGGAUGGUUAUCUUUUAGACUUUGUGGAUGGACCUUCUCCUGUAUUAAAUACCUUAUGUCAUAUUGCUAAUAUUCACAGAAUUCCUGUUAGCAUUAAUGAAAUAAGUGAUGAGUGUUAUAGAAAGCUUUCUCAAAGUGUCAAUUCUGCAAAUCAAUUGAUAUUUCCUGUUUUUAUAUCAGGAAGAACUCAUUAUACCAUGAAAAAGUCGAAGUAUGGUAGAAAAGAUGUUUCUACUGUUACUAAGUUGGUAACAAAGGCACAAAGAUUUAAGACUACAGUAAAUGCUGAGACAAAAAAAUUAUUAGAACAACAGAUAAUAGAUUUGGAACUGGUUAUUAAAAAAGAUGAAGAUUCUAUUCAAGAAUUAAGGAAAACUGAAGAACGUAUAAAAAUUAGAUUUAAUGAUGAGAUAAAUAGAAAAAAUAAUUUAUUAAAAAAAAAAGAAGGUAUGGAAAAAGAAAUUAAAGAAUGGGAUUCUCAAGUUAUUAAACUUGAGAAAACUAAAAAAACAUUGUAUUCAUUGGAAUCUUUUUCUAAUCAAUAUACUGAUAAUAUUAAAAAAUUAAAAGAAAAAAUGGAUGAAAUAGUAGAGCAACAUUCAGUUUCUGCAAUUAAGCUUAAGGAUUUAAUAUUAGAUGCUUUUCAGACAACAAAAGAUAUGAUAUGUACAAGCAUUCGUGAAAUUCAAGCAAAUGCGAACUAUGUUGAUGUUGUUGAAGAAAAUACUGAAAUAGUUACAAAAAUAGAUGAUAUUAAGAAAUCCUAUGAAGAAUUAAAACAAACAACUCAAAAUUUAAGAAGUAUUGCUGCUAAUAAAUUAGAAAUAGCAAGAAAAAAUCUUGAAAAUGUAGAUGAAGAGACACGAAAAGAAAUGGAAAAUCAAAUGGAACAAGAUAUGACUGAAGAAUCGCUUAAUGAACAGAUAAAUAUUGAGAAAAUCAAACUUGAAUUUAUAUAUCAGACAAAUCCUAAUGUUAUUUCACAAUUUGAAAAAAGGGAACAUGAUAUUAAGGUUCUUAAAAAAAGAAUUGAGGAAUAUGAAUCACGAUUGCAAAAAGUAGAAUCAGAUAUAAAUAAUUUGAGAAAAAUAUGGGAACCAAGACUAGAUAAUAUAAUUUAUAAGAUCAAUUGCAGUUUUUCUGAAGCAUUUGAAUAUAUAGGAUGUGUUGGAGAAGUUCGUAUUGGUAAAAGUGAUGAAUUUGAUAAAUGGCGUGUUGAAAUUUUAGUGAAAUUUAGAGACAAUGAAAAUCUCCAAUUGUUAACGUCUCAAAGACAAUCAGGAGGAGAAAGAUCUGUCUCAACUAUUUUUUAUUUAAUUGCUAUGCAAAGUAUAUCUAAGGUGCCAUUUCGAGUAGUUGAUGAGAUUAAUCAAGGUAUGGAUCAGAAAAACGAAAGAUUGGUUCAUGCAAAGUUGGUAGAUGUUAUGAGUAAAAAAAAUACUUCACAGUGUUUUUUAAUUACUCCGAAACUACUAUCAUCUUUACAGUAUAGUAACAAUAUGAGAAUAUUAUGUAUUUGUAAUGGCGACUGGAUUGUACAAGAGAGUAGUUCUGAUAUGCAAAAAUAUGUUGAAUUAAUUAGAAAUAUAAAGUUGGCUAAAGAAGUGGUUUGAUUUCAAAAUUUUAGGGUUAUUUUUAAAUAUAAUUAUAAUACUAU